GUACUAGUGGUUAACACCUAGCAUGUUGGCUUAUUGUGUAAACCUGCUCAUUUCGCACCUUUUAAAGUCUUAAGUGUGAUUUUGCGGUGUCUUCGCUCUUUAGUAUGAAAACACCGAGGGACGACAACACUUCCUGAGUCCACACACGUCGUGUCGACAUUUAUCGAUCAUCUUUUUUAAAUGUUUUAUUGUCGUGGACAUCACCUGAGUCUGAAGGAACCACAACAACUGGCCAGUGAGGAGUGAAGCUGCUCAGAGAUCUGGUGCCAUCCUGUUUCUCCAGAGGGGAUGGAUCCUCUGGGUGCUCGCUCUCAGUUUGUAGAUAUCCAGACUCUCCCCACGUGGCAGCAGCAGCUGGGUGAGGAUGGUGAGGAGCCGCAGGAUCAGAGCGACAGUCGGCUCAGUCAGCAGGCCUUCCCCUCUCCCUUCCCCUGCAGACCAGACAUCAACCGCAAGAUCAUCCUCUUCACUGGGGACAUCGCCCUGCUGAACUGCACUGCCAUUGUGAACACCAGCAACGAGUCCCUAAACGACAAGAACCCGGUGUCUGACAGCAUCCAUCAUCUUGCAGGGCCAGAGCUGCGAGAUGAGCUGUUCAAAGUUAAAGGAUGUCGGACAGGUGAGGCGAAGCUGACUAAAGGCUUCAACCUGGCGGCUAGAUUCAUCAUCCACACAGUGGGACCAAAGUUCAAAAGCAAGUACAGGACGGCGGCGGAGAGCUCCCUAUAUAGCUGCUACAGGAACAUCAUGCAGCUGGCCGCAGAGCAGUCAAUGGCGUCUGUCGGUAUAUGUGUGGUGAGCACGACCAAACGAGGUUACCCACUGGAGGAUGCUACACACAUCUCGUUCAGAACAGUGCGCAGGUUCAUGGAGAAUUUUGGAAACCGCAUCGAUGCAGUGGUGUUCGCCGUGUCAGACACAGAGGAGCCGGUGUUCAGGAAGUUACUGCCUCUGUACUACCCUCGCUCAGAGAAAGAGGAAAUGGCCUGCCUGCCUCUCAUCCCAGCUGACAUUGGCAACUCUGAGGGUGAACCCGUUGUCCCAGAGAGACAGAUCCGCAUUGCAGAGAAGCCGGGCAACCUUGAAGAUGAUUCAGAUGAAGAGAAUCUAGAGUCAGAUCUGGGUCAGGUGGGAAAUCAUGCUUUCGCCCGGAUGGAGGGUGACGUGGACAAAGAGCGGAAGCUGAUCCUACAGGGCCAGAUGUCAGAGGCAGCCGUGCAGAAACAUCACCAGAGGAAUUACAAUCGCUGGCUGUGUCGAGCGAGAGCAGAGGAUCUGUCUGACGUCGCUGCGCUGAAAGCUUUAUAUCACACUGGUGUGGACAUGUGUGGCAGGACAGUCAUGGUUAUCGUUGGACGAAAUAUCCCAGUGACCCUCAUUGACCUGGAAAAGGCUCUGCUGUACUUCAUCCAUGUGAUGGACCACAUCACAGUGAAGGAGUACGUGAUGGUUUACUUCCACACGCUAACUGGCGAGCACAACCACCUCAACUCCGACUUCCUCAAAAACCUCUACGACAUCGUUGAUGCCAAGUUUAAAAAUAAUUUAAAGGCAUUCUACUUCGUGCAUCCAACAUUUCGCUCUAAGGUCUCAACGUGGUUCUUCACCACCUUCAGUGUUUCGGGGCUGAAGGACAAAGUCCGCUACCUGGACAACCUGCACCAGCUCUUCACCUGCAUCAAACCGGAACAGAUCGACAUUCCUCCAUUUGUCGUGGAGUAUGACGCACGGAUGAAUGGACCCUACCGUCCCACCAACUCCUCCAGUCUGUGACAGUCAACCGGCCGUACCUCUCUGCCAGGGGGGGACGAAAUCAAAUGGAAGCUGGAUGACAUAUGUGGACAUCGGUGUUGCCCGUGUUGUCUGACCUCCUCACCUCCUUGUCAAGGCCCUGAAGCAAAGGGCGGGAGGGGGAUGGCUCUCCUUUGUUCCGUCCCUUCUGAAAAAGGACAAAAUGAACAGUUGCAGGCCACGUUCAGAAGCUUCUGGCGCGGUAAGCGGUCAUUCUCACUCACCACAGACUAUUUCGGGAUCUGGUAUGGUUUUUGGAUUAUGCCUUACACCAAGGAUUCUUACUCAGCAGUUUCCUCAAACAUCCCUGAAUAUGAAGCAUCGUGUCACGCCGGACAGUUCUCUCAAAUUGUGCGGCCACAUCACAUAGUCUCGCAAAUGUGUCUGACUUGUUUACCCAAUAUGCUGGAGGUGCUGCCUGGAUUUCCACACUGUUCCAUCCUGAGCCUGCACAAGACUUAUGCUGCGUUGCACUUAAUCAGAUGUUGGGGUACGACAUUGUUAUAACAAUCCUUCCUGUGGUCACACUCAGAAAGACGGGAAGAAACAUUUACUUGAACGACACAUUCAUCAAACUCCAUCUAGCAAAUUCAAGGAAAAGCUUAACAUUUUCUUAUGAUGAUCAAUACCACUCUCAUAGUUGUGCAUAAAUAUGACCCAACCAUUUAGUUAAUCAUCCAACUGUAGCUGUCGCUUUUACUCUUUUGUUUUUUACACUUUUGUUUUUGCCUGGAUUACACAGACAACAUGUGGCGCAUUAGUUUAUGAGCUUUAAAGGUGCAAGUAGGCCGAUUUUCUUACAGAGCCCGACGAGCUGCAACUUUGUUUUUUAAUUCCCAAUAUGAAACAUUGUUUUUCCUGCUUGUAUCCAAUGCUUGACAGGAGAGCAUAUAAGGAUAUUUCCCUAAUAGGUUGAAAUACUCUCUAAGCUUUAAAUGCAUAUUGUUGUCAGUGAUGUGCUGGAAAUGUUAAUUAGGAGAAUGUGAAACUAUGCUGACAUCAGCAUCACUUAAACACUGUUGGUGUCUGGCUUUUCUUUUACUUUAUCUUAUCAUUUCUCAUGUGCUUCUGUGUACAACUCACUUCUUAAAAGUAGCAAUAAAACAGUCAAUCCAUCAGUCAGACAGCAGAUCAAUCGUUUGAGUGUCAAACGUUUACUGGUUUCAGUCCCUCAGUUGUGAGAAUUUGCUGCUUGUAACGUUUUAUAAGUUUCAUACCUUUGGUCACGUUAAAAUUGUUUAGGACCACACCCUAUAGGCUGGAUGCGUUGAUCAAUAAGGGCGUGAGUGAGAAAACCUCUCUUCUCUAGGAUCGCUAUGUGAAGAUGCUGUUACUAGUCUUUCUUGAAUUCUUAUAUUCAAGAAAGACUAGUAUACAGGAUUACAAACGAUAUUCUUCUAUUUCACUACUUUAAUACUUCAUUUAUUUGCUUCCAAGUCAUCUUUUAAUAGUCAUGAUUGCUGGAUAUAUGAUUGCUAACAUUCAGUAUUUAGUAUAACUCACUUUGUUCUAAGGGAACCCAAGCCAACAAGGGUAGGAACUGCUGCUUUUGGUCCAUUUUCACUUUCACCUUAUGAAAGACAGUAACAUUUGUUGAUUUUUUCUUUUUUUCUUUGCCAAUAGAGCUUAAAAUCUUUUGUGCCUGUUUGUUAAAAUGAGAUUAUAAUUUUGUUCUGGGUUAUUUUUUCUGUAUAUAGAUUAUCAUUUCUUUUAUUUGCACAGUUCGUUUCACUCUUCUUUACUUUUCCCAAUAUUCACCCCUGGGAUGACUAGAUCGAUUUCUCUUAUCAAGGCAAAUGUAAAUCGAAUGUAGUGAUUUUUCCAGCAGUCAUAAUGUAGUAGACCUCGUCGCUCUGGUACCACAAGAGUCAACACUAUCACCAUAUAUGUAGGAGAUAAUAACCUGUCACGGUUGGGAGGGAUUUCAUUUUUACCUGCAUGUAGUUCUGUCCUCACCAAUUCUUGCCACACACCUCGUCCAGGCGUCAGGAAUCUGCAGCUUUAAAUCAUUCCAGUUCCGGUGCUGGCAGCAAUGGCUCUUAGUGGUAGAGCUCUUGUCCCGAGAUGUCCUGGCUCACAGAAUCCUGAUGUAAGCAAGUCUGCUCACACACACACACGAAAGUCACGUGACACCAUCAUGCAGAGUUCAGCCUGAAUCCUGAGGCUUCUCAAAUUGUUACUGACACAUCGUUAGAUUUUGUAGACUCAGCCACCAAGAAGGGGUUUGCUGUGUCAGCGGCUCAAGGACAUUAUGGUGAUUCCUGCACUCAAAAUGAUGUUAAAUACAGUUAUUCAUUCUGUCAAAGAAAUUCAUAAAGGUCAUUAUUCAACUGAUAAAUGUUUUUAAUCAUAUUUAGUAAAAUGAGGAAGAACACAUCCAAUGGAUUGUUGAUUUGAAAUCCUGCAUCUACAAAAGACUGGGAGUGUAUUUAAGAAUGUUAUAAAUACAACUGCGGAGAAUUUGAGUAAAUCUUUUGUUGCUGUUCAGUCGCUUCCUCAAAUAUGAACGACCAGAAGCGACUUUGGAUCAGGGAAUUUGUUAAUGUUAAGUUCAUCAUCAGAACUGUGAUCAUGUGAGAAUGUAAAAAAAUAAACAAUGAGCCAAAUUUUAACUUUCUGUAUUAAUAUGAUCUUUUUGUAUUAUUAUUAUUUCAGUGAUGAAGUGAAGUAAGAAAUGCGAAAAGUUUAGAGUAAAUGUUUGUGUUGACAUGUCCUGGUUUGUCGUUUUCUUUUCUUUCUUUUUUUUAAACUUAAAACUGAUUAAAAUGAUUUUUGUUAAUGUGA